CUGUUGCUUCUUUACUUUUUCUCUCUCACUAUUUUUCUAACCCUAACCCUAAUUGUUCUCUUCCCCUACUCUGACAAUUGAAUUCCCCCUUUUUCACUUGCCGAUUAACAAAUCUACCCCCCCUCCGAGAUUCGUUGUUCGAUUCACUUCACCUUGAAUCCAUUUUUGCCUCGAGAUAAAUGGAAAAUAGCACUGGACUAUUUUACUUCUGAAGCUCCGAAAUAUAGGUAAAAAAACCUCCGAGCUGUAGAGGAGGAUGGCAGAAACUUUGUCUAGCUUCUGGGGUCCAGUCACAUCUACCAAAGAGUGUUGUGAAACAAAUUAUGCACAUUCCUCUUACAUUGCAGAAUUCUAUAACACUAUAUCCAAUGUUCCGACAAUUCUUUUGGCUCUCAUUGGUCUUAUAAAUGCAUUAUGGCAACGGUUUGAGAAAAGAUUCAGUGUUCUUCACCUAUCAAAUAUGACACUUGCCAUUGGAAGCAUGGUGUACCAUGCCACACUGCAGCGUGUGCAACAGCAAGGCGAUGAAACUCCUAUGGUAUGGGAGGUGCUGCUGUACAUAUACAUCCUCUACUCUCCAGAUUGGCAUUACCGCAGUACAAUGCCCAUAUUCCUCUUUCUGUAUGGUGCUGGUUUUGCCAUUGCCCAUUCAGUGCUCAAUUUUGGUAUUGGCUUCAAAGUGCAUUAUAUCAUUCUAUGCCUCCUCUGCGUUCCCAGGAUGUACAAAUACUACAUUUACACUCAAGAUGUUACUGCCAAGCGGCUCGCAAAGCUAUUUGUAGGCACUCUUGUCUUUGGCAGUUUGUUUGGGUUCAGUGAUCGUGUUUUCUGCAAGGAGAUUUCCCGUUUGCCUUUCAACCCUCAGGGUCAUGCUUUGUGGCAUGUUUUCAUGGGUUUCAAUUCCUACUUUGCAAACACAUUCCUAAUGUUUUGCCGUGCUCAACAGCGUGGAUGGUCUCCUAAAGUUGUUUAUUUAAUGGGGUUUUUACCUUACGUGAAGAUUGAGAAAUCAAAAAGCCAGUGACAGAUAUACGUGGGAAAAGAAGGAAGCUUUUUUUGUCAUGAUACAUUUUGGCUAGAUAAGCUGUUAGCAAACCUGUGUUCUCUUACUCUUUUCUCCCCUUCACUUGUGUGGUUAGAUUGGCUUAAAAGUGAUGAUUGAUUAUUUACAUAUUUCGUCUUAGAAAUAGGACCUGUAACAUAUUUAUGCCAGUGGUACUCUUAAGCGUGGACUUUUCUUAGCUUUAAAUUUGUGAUGACACCCGAAAACAUAAUUUUGCUUACUGGUUGUUGAAUUAAUCCUCCUCACAUUCUACAUGUAAUGUCUUGUGUAACCCUUUUUGGGUUUAUUUUUUAGUAUUACUAACAGUAUGCAGUUUGCUGUUGUUUUCUAUUGGAGAUUUUUCUCUUCCGAAGUCA